AUGCAGCUCAAACUCAGUCAGGUUGGGCACCUCGAGACGCUUCAGGAAGCUCUUGGUCUUACGGAAGACCAUGGGAGCCGCGCCGCAACGCAGAUGUUACUGGUCCAGAGCCGCCGUGGCACGCAGAUCGCAUUCAACACAUCUCGUGCAGCUGUUGAGGCACAAACAGGACCAAGCAGCCAUCUCGCUGUCCUGCUGCAGGUCUUGUGCGAAGGUGCCUUGCGUGGAUUACAUGAACAGGGCGGCUUGCAAUUCUGCAGCGGCACAGGGAUACCGUCAGCGCGGAGCGACCAACUCUGCAAAAUAAGAUGUCAAGCCAUGGGGCGAUCCGGGGCUGAACAUCUGCAGAUCUACCAAGCCUAG